UUCUCGAUGUACGGUACGAAAAUAAAUAUUCUAUUUUAGAACUUUUGUAUCUUGCUUGAAUGUGCUAGAAAAUUCGUUUUAAUAUAUAAAGUGCAGCUGGCAUUAAUUUAAUCGAAGUUCUACGAUUAUGGUCACAAUGAAGCCAUCAGAAGAAGCUGAAUCUUGUAAGAACCAGGGCAAUGAAUGUUUUAAGUCUAACAAUUUCGAGGAAGCCGUAUCACUUUACAGCAAAGCUGUUAAUUUAUCCGAUAAAGGAACACGUGAGAGAGCCACCUAUUUGAAGAACCGUGCUGCUGCUUACCUGAAAUUGAAUAAAUUCAACGAGACCAUUGCCGAUUGCGAUGAAGCUCUUGAAGUUAUUCCUGAAGACCCAAAAGCAUUAUAUCGUCGCGCUCAAGCAUUGGAAAGUGUAAAGAAAUUUGAAGAGGCAUAUAGGGAUGCGCAAUCUAUAUUCAAAGUUGACCCAACGAAUAAAGCAAUACAGCCUAUGCUAUCUCGUCUUCACACCAUAGUCCAAGAAAGAGCUAAGCACAAUGCUCAAACUAGCAGUAAAGUUGAGCAAAUGCUUAAGUUGGCGUUUAAUGUUUCGGAACAAACUGAAAAAAGAGAGAAAGCCAUCACUAACUUGCUUGUUUUGGGUAAAGAAAACUCAGGUGCUGACAUAAUGUUAAAAAGUGGUAUUGUUCAUAAAAUUCAACAAUUAUUAAAGGUGGAAAAGAAUUCUGAAAUAUAUGUUAAUGCUGUGAGAGUGAUUGCUCAGUUGUGUAAAAGAAAUGUUGAUAGAACCCAGCAAGUAAUAAAAAUUGUUGGAAUACCUUGGUUUUUGGAAAUAAUUGACAGUGAUAAUGAAGAGCAAGUUAAUGUGGCUCAAUAUUGCUUACAAAUUGUUUUAAACAGUUUCUCUGGCAUGGAUAAUAAAAAAGAAUCAAAACCAGAUCCAGCUCUAACCAAUCAGUAUAAAGGUGAAAUAGAUACACUUCUUACCUGUUUAACCUACUCUAUUACUAAUAGGGUUAUAACUGGUCUUUCGAGAGAUGCAAUUAUAGAGUUAAUUAUGAGAAACUGCCAUUAUAGCACUCUUAAUUGGGCUGACAAGUUUGUUGAAAUAAGAGGUGUACAAAGAUUACUCGAAGUUUGUAGUGAGCUAGAGGAAUAUAAAUAUGAAUCUGCAAUGAAUAUAACUCCUUCAUCCAGGACUAUUGCAGCAGCUUGCUUGGCUAGAAUAUAUGAAAAUAUGUUUUAUGAUGAGGCGAGGGAACGUUUUAAUCAUUCAGUUGAUGACUAUAUUAAGGACAAACUUCUAUCACCUGACUUAGAGUCCAAAGUAAGAGUGACAGUAGCCAUUACUUCAUUGCUACGUGGGCCACUAGAUGUUGGUAAUUAUGUUAUUUCCAAAGAAGGUAUUAUGGAAAUGAUAUUGGUCAUGGCACAGACUGAAGAUUCUCUGCAACAAAAAGUUGCCUGUGAGUGUUUAAUAGCUGCUGCAUCAAAGAAAGAUAAAGCUAGAGCUAUUAUUAAUAAAGGAGUAGACAUACUUAAAAAACUGUACACCAGUAAAGAUGACGCAGUAAGGGUUCGAGCUUUAGUAGGAUUAUGUAAAAUUGGAAGCUUUGGUGGUGAUGAUGCGUCAAUUCGUCCUUUUGCUGAUGGAUCUACUAAAAAAUUGGCAGAGGCUUGUAGAAAGUUUUUGGUCAAUCCAGCCAAGGAUAAAGACAUGAGAAAAUGGGCUGCUGAGGGUCUAUCAUAUUUAACUUUAGACGCAGAUGUCAAAGAAAAAUUGGUCGACGACAAACCAGCCAUACAGUCAUUAAUUGAAUUGGCCAAAACUGGUGACCAGUCAUGUCUCUAUGGUGUAGUCACCACAUUGGUGAAUUUAUGUAAUGCCUAUGAAAAACAAGAAGUGAUGCCAGAAAUGCUGGAGUUGGCAAAGUUUGCUAAACAUCAUAUACCGGAACAACAUGAAUUGGAUGACCCUGAUUUUGUGAACAAGCGAUUAACAAUUCUUGGUAAAGCUGGUGUAACAUCUGGUCUUGUAGCUCUGUCUAAAACUGAGAGUCACAAUUCGAGAGAACUCAUUGCCAGAGUAUUCAAUGCUCUCUGUAGUCUUCAAGAGCUCAGAGGUUUAGUUGUACAGCAAGGUGGAGCUAAAGUGUUGAUUCCAAUGGCAUUAGAGGGAACAAACAAUGGUAAAAAACAGGCUGCACAAGCUUUAGCCAGAAUUGGGAUUACAAUAAACCCAGAGGUGGCUUUUCCUGGUCAAAGAAAUUUAGAAGUUGUUAGACCCUUAGUGAGCUUACUUCAUCCUGAAUGCACAGCUUUGGAAAAUUUCGAAGCGCUUAUGGCACUUUGCAAUUUAGCUGGAAUGAAUGAAACAACACGAAACAGAAUACUCAAAGAAGGAGGAUUAUCCAAAAUUGAACACUAUUUGUACGAAGAUCAUUUGAUGUUGCAAAGGGCUGCUGUACAAUGUAUUUGUAAUUUAGUACAAUCUGAAGAUGUCAUUAAAAUAUAUGAAAGUGAGAGUGACAGAUGUAAAUAUUUAUAUAUGUUAUGCCAAGAAGAAGAUAUGGAAAGUAUUAUAGCUGCAACUGGAGCCUUAUGUAUAUUAACAUCAGUGAGUAAGAAAUGUUGUAGAAAAUUGUUUGACCUCCAGUCUUGGUUGGAGUCGCUGAGAUGUUUACUCGCUAAUCCUAAUAAAGAGGUGCAGUACAGAGGAACUUAUAUGCUCUAUAAUAUUCUCAAAGAUGAUAAAGAUUCUGCAGCAAAAAUAUUUGAGACUGAUGUAAUGGAGAUAUUGAUGGCACUGACAAAGUUGGAGGAAGUAGAAAAUAAGACUAAGGAAUUUGCAAAAAAAUGCUUAAGUGUAGCAGAAGAACUAGGUGUAAUUAGAAAACCUGAUGAAAAUUUCUCCUUGGAAGCUAUAAGACAGGAACACAAUGAUGUUGAAGAAAAUGAAUGAGGAGUAAAUCCUU